GAGGAGGCAGGUGGGGUGUCGCGGGUCAGCGGUGCUGGCCAGCCCUUAUUUUCUUUAGGGCUCUAAUUCUUCUGCUCCUCUCUUCUUCCACCAAGCGUUUCUGUGUACCUUUCCCUUCGGAUGUGGUUUCCAGCACUUUCUCCGUCUUCCAGACCUUUUCCAGACUCUUGCCAAGAGUCCUUGUGAUGCCGCUGUGGUAGGUCAGCUCCGAUGGCCGUGGCCAGUCCCCUUCACCCUGCUCACAGGGACGUACAACCCUGCGUGGCUGUCAAGCUUGCACAUGCAUGGAGUAAUCCAUCUAACAGCUGGAUGUUAGCCUUGUUUUUCCAAAGCUUAAGUGUCUGAAUACAUUUUUUGCAUCUCCAAAGGAUUACGGAGACAGCUGCAGGGGGAGAGUGGAGGACUAGAAAAGCCCUGGUUUCCCAGGUGCACUUGAAACCCUGAUGGUGAGGAGCCCUUCAGAAAGAGAGGAUUGGAAGGAGAGGAGCUGGGACUGGAAAAUCCCUUUGUCACAUGCACCGCAGCAGUGAAUUAAAUAACCCAAACUGAGGAUGUCAGGUCCAACUUCCCCCAGGCGUGGGCUGGAGCGUUACAGGCCAGCCUUCCAGUGGGCCGGGUGGCACAGGAAGCCUGUGCUUCGCGUGUGUACCGUGGAUGUUGAGUACCAGCUGUGAAAUCUGGGAUGUCUGUGGGGCUCUCUAAUCAACACCACUGGCGUUAUUGAAGAAAUAAGUGGAAACAAAAAAAAAGCAAUAGAACUGAUGGUUUCUUGUUUCUGUUGUGCUUGGCUGUGUUCGCGGUUUUUUUUUUUUCUGUGGAAUUGCACUGAGGCUGCAGACUGAGGUCACCCCAUGCUGGACACCAAGGAGACCGAGCAGAGGAGCAGUGUUAUAAAUGUACUAAUCGUAAACAGCUUCUGACAGAGUUCUUGCCUUAAUGGAUGCUAGAAGAGGGGCUUUCUCAUUCUAGGUUAUUGAUGCUGGCCUGGAUCAAGCAAGUGGAGGACACGAUGUUUCCCCGGGAGGAAGUUGCAGAGAUUCCUUCAGACAGCAUGGCCAAAAUCAACCCCAAAUGCUUCCAGCACGAUCUGGGAACUGGGGAAGUAGAGGCUGGAUAUGGGCUCUGAGAGCCUGUUAGCCCUGAGGGACUGCUGCAAGUCCUCACUGUGUGACUGCCUGUAGUAGUUCUGCAAGCUGAGAUACAAAGUAUAAUGUAAAUUUAGGGGCUUUUUUCUCUAUUGUUUAAAAUAUCUUAGCUUCUUGCUCUAAAAAACGCAGAACCUUUCCUUAGAAGACGAAGGGAGGAAUCAGGCAUCCUGAACUAUAAACUACAGGAUGAGUUUGUUUUUCCCCUACUUGACUUUGACUCAGUUUUGAAUAUUUGGAGAUUUCAGAGUUUCCGUUUUAUAAACUGUUCGCUCAUUUUCCUCUUGGAGUCGAGUUUGUAACUGGUGUGUUUUUUCCACCCCCCAGUUUUAUUUGCUCUAGGUAACUUGUGCUUGGGUGCUCUUAGCUCAGACUCUCCCCACGAGCGAGAAGGGAUCUCCAUGUACCUGCGUUUGUCCCCCCGAAAACACGCUCACUGCUUCCAGGUCCCCAGGGCAGAGGGGCCCGGAGCUGCAAUGACGACGGGCGACUGCUGCCACCUCCCCGGCUCCCUCUGCGACUGCCCGGGUAGCGCCGCCCUCUCCAAGUCAGUGGAGGACUCCGACAUCGGGCGCCCACAGUACGUCACGCAGGUCACCGCCAAGGAUGGCCGCCUCCUCUCCACCGUGAUCAAGGCGCUGGGCGCGCAGAGUGACGGUCCCAUCUGUCGAAUCUGUCACGAAGGUGGAAAUGGGGAGGGACUGCUUUCCCCAUGUGACUGCACAGGAACACUGGGCACCGUGCACAAGAGCUGCCUGGAAAAAUGGUUAUCCUCCUCCAACACAAGUUACUGUGAGCUCUGCCACACAGAAUUUGUUGUAGAGAGAAGACCGAGACCUUUGACAGAGUGGCUGAAGGAUCCUGGUCCCCGCAAUGAGAAGAGGACCCUUUUCUGUGACAUGGUGUGUUUCCUGUUCAUUACUCCUCUGGCAGCAAUCUCCGGCUGGCUGUGUCUUCGUGGAGCCCAGGAUCAUUUGCAGUUCAACAGCCGACUGGAGGCCAUUGGACUCAUAGCACUAACUAUAGCACUUUUUACAAUCUACGUCCUUUGGACGCUGGUCUCGUUCCGCUACCACUGCCAGCUGUACUCGGAGUGGCGAAGGACCAACCAGAAAGUCCGCCUGAUGAUCCCGGCCUCGCGGAGCCCUCACCCCGUGCCCCACUCCCUGCUCUCCGCCAAGCUCCUGAAGAAGACCGCGGACGAAACCACCGUCUGAGCUGUGCUGCGGCCGCCUCGCGCCGCGCCGCGUGGCUGCGCCCGCGGCCAAGGUGAGGGCGGCCCUCCGGGGCCAGCAGAAGCAGACAGGGCCGGGUCUCUCCACGCGUGCAGGGAGCGCAGCAGCCAUGGAAGCACUAGAGAGCAAUCAUCCCACCCGAAGGGACUUCGCAGUCAGCAUGUACUUUAUACUAUGGCAAACACAGAUAAUAAAGGUCUGUCAUGUGAAACGGCCCAAAAGAGCCAGAUGGCGGAAUAUGCCUGUCUGCAGGGACACUUUCCUAUAACUAAAUACCAUACGUGGAAAAUCUCUCACAUAUAUAUAUAUAUAUAUCUAUAUAUAAUAUUAUUUUUUAAUGGCCAUGAAUAUUGUGUUUCAGUCCUUUUGUGUUGAUGUUCUAAGCUUCAGUAUAGAAGCUGGCAGCCUGAUCUCAUUCAGAGGUUAAAUCUAUGCCUUUUCUCUAAAUGAGCGUAUAAAGAACACUUUUCAUUGACCGUUCUUGAAAGUCCCUUCUCCUUUGCACUAAAUUGGUUUUGAUAAUAUUGCAGCAGCCUUUCCCGUUACUCUUUGGUCUCUUUCGUGGUGUUUCUGUGCUUUCUAGAAAGUUACGUGUUUUUAAUAAUUAUUAUAAUCCCAGAAGGAGUAAAAUGACAUAAUACUGAAUGGAGACAUUUUGUAUUGUAAAGUACUGUAAUUUUGAGAAUUUCAAAAUAAGUUUCAAAAUCGGAAAAUCUUUUCCUGUGCAGACGUGGUCUCACAAAAUGCUUUCCCUGCAGAUCCUGGCUCAUCCCCAGGACUCAGAUGCGCUCAGCUCUUGGCUUGUCUGACAAAGGUAGAUAGAUGGAGGAUCUGAGGGUGGGAAGCGAUGGCUCGUACUAGCUAAACCCACCAUUGCCUUUUGCUUUUAAAAGGUUCAGAAAGGCUCUUUCCCAACCCCAAAAGCUGAGAAUAGGAGUCUCUGUUUUUGCUGAUGACCUUACACAAUCUUGAGGCUGGACCUCUUGUAGUGUCAGUUAUACACAUACCUUCCAGGGACAGGCCAUGCUCUGCAGCUCUCGGCAGGACAUCUCGGCUGUCUCUGUGCGUUUUAUUUGCACAUUCCUUGGCAGCAGAGGAGCUGCUGUCAUUUGGUUCAUCCCUGAAAUCGCUGCCUGCCCAUUAUGUGUCCUCUAGCGAAACACCCCAAGUUCACUGGUUCCCAGAGGAGUACAGGCUCCAGGUCCCUUUCCUUGCAGGGCUGGCUUUCCUCCUCCUCCUUCAUCCUCCUGCAUUUCCAGCAUGCCCAGCUACCAAACCCCUCUGCCCCGGAGUGGCCAAUCUGCUGCGGGUCUCUAGCACAUAGCAGAGAGUCUCUCCCUCUUCCUGAGCUUGGUGUUAGUCGUUGCCUCUCCAGCUCCUCGCUGCUGUGCCAGGCAUUGCCUGUGUUUGGUGCUGUGCUCUCCCGAGCCCUGCUUGCAGAACGGACCGUAAGGAUGCCAGCAUUGGCACUGCUCUGCUGAGUGCUCUGGAGGUGUGUGCACUCAUGCUCAAGCAUGAGACGGCUCCUGGUCCCGCAGCAGUGAGGGUAGAAAGCAGGGAGGAGGCAGUCUCCAAGGGUGUCGUUUCAGGGGGUGGUCACAGAGCAUGUCCCUCAGUUCCUUUGCUGAUCCCAAGUGGAUCAGUUGAUGCCCUGCAAGACUGAGGCCUGUAAUUUCUUGAAUUUGCAGCACCACGUGCUAUUCCUGCUUCCUUCUAGCUGCAAAGCUGGAUAUUUUUUCUUGCGUGCUCCUGUUCCCUGGUUGUUGUUGGUUUUCUUUUUUUUCUUUUUUUUUAAUUUUUUUUCUGCCUGACCCUAGGCUGGAAGUCCCUGGUGGACAUGAGCAGCAGUGGCCAGUAUCCUCUCUCUCUGAAUAGGAUCGCUCCAGCCCCAGGGCUGGCUUUAUGUUUGCUUUCCUCCAUUUAUCUCCUGUCCCAUGGUUGUUCAUGCGGCUCCGUGAUAUCCCAGCACAUCCUGCAGCAACACCUGUGCAGCUGUGUGCCCCAGCGUACUGCUCUGGGCAGGUCUCUGCUCUGAGCACAAGGGUCUCAUUGGAUCAUGGGGUGAAUGUUGUGGCACAGCCGGGCUGUGUGUCUCUGCUCCCCUCUCUCUGCUAGGCCCUGUCUGGCCUGUUCCCUUCUGCUACUUACCCCGGGCACCUUCCCUGCCUUUCAGCUGUCAUGAAGGGGGGGGGCUUGGCCCCUAGUGCUCUUGGAGGCUUGCAAUGAGGAGGCCUCUUCAGUCCAGCUGCAGCGGCAGUCCCUGCAAAGCCUCAGCAUCCUACGAGUGCUCACUUCAAAUCAGCUUGUGCAGAGGAACUGUUCCUGCUGCUCCCAGCUCCUGCCUGCUGCUCCCCCUGCGUGAAGGUUUGUCUGUGCACCAAGGCCCUGCAGUGGGCCCUCUGCCCCCGGCUCUGCUGGCUGCACUGCGGGAAGGGAGCUGCAGAUCCAAUGCGGGUGCUGCCUCCCGUCCCUUGGCAGUGGGCACCGCAGCACCACUCUGCCUUGUCCUAGGUACCCCUGCACUCAGCCUGUCCUAACAAAACCUGUGUCACCAAGACAUUCCCGCUGCAACAAAAAUUUGGGGAUUUGGUUUAACCUUCCCAGCCCUGGCUGCCUCCCAGGAGCUUUGUCUUCCAACGCAUCUAGUUCUGGCAGGUAUGUAAGGAUGUGCACUCCCACACCACGUUCCCAUGGUAAGGACUUCAAGGAGCCAGUGUUUCAGCUAGGAAACCCACUGUUGAUCCAAAUACGCAACUGUGAAAGCCAGAAGUCCCUGGCUGGGGCAGAUGGGCCCUGGCCCUGUGCUGCUGCACGGCCAUGGCUUCCCUCUCUGCUUCAUUGUCUUUACUGUAGUUGCCAAUAAUUGGAGUUGUUGCAUGUGCCCCUGCAAAACCCAAUAGUGACUCUUUGAGUUCUUCUCCUUCUUCCCAGAGGAGAUGUUCAGCUUGUGAAUGUGGGAAAUCAGUGUCUCUGACCCGCCACAUUCCAGUGUCAUGGGGAAACGGGCUGUGCAAUUCUGUAAAUAAAAGUGAGACAAAC